CACGAGCACCCUCGCACGAUGAAGAACCCAUUCAAGCAUAACACGAAGCCCGGACACGAACCAUCGGCAAUUGUCUUUGUAUCGACGGUGGAGGUAUCAACCCCUCGCGCGAGCACACUUUGCCACCCCGAAGACGGACGGACACGCGGCUCCGUUCCGUCCGCCACGUUUUCCAGAGCCUGAUUUGACACCCUCGCAUAUCUAUCGCCGUUCUCCGCUGGUCGGCGAUCGUGUUCUCUGCAUGCGCGCAGAGGGUGGAAAGGGUCUGUUCGUUAGCGGGCGUGGGGGUGCGCGCGCACCACCUUACCCCCCUUUGUGCGCCCCGGCACGUAAUCGAACUGGGAGCGCCGUAGUAGUCGUCAGUUCCGUAAAACGGGGCUAUAUUUCAUCGCUAAAAAUGGUAAUGUAAUCACGAUAGAGAGGAGAGAAAAAAGAGAGAGAGAGAGAGAGAGAGAGCCGUGGAAAGUAUAUACAAUUUGAUACGAGACGAGGCAAGGGCCAAAGAUUUUCGCGCCGAGGAUCCGGAUUCCUCCCGAUCCGCGAUAAAAGGGACACUCGGAUCGCCGGAACACGAUCACGCCGCUUAUCAGCUAGAUUAUAGCGACACCGAUGCGUGAAUGCGUGCAGGGUAGAAUGACUCAAACGGAGGAGGGUGCCCAUGCAUACGUGCCAGCCCGAGCCCCGAGGGUGUCUAGGAAGUCUUGAGGAAGCCAUCGAGUUCGUUCUGUUCUCGGGUGCCAACUUUGUCAGCGGAGCCAGAAGGUAUCAUCAAUGGAAGCGGACUCGACGAUCCGCUUGAGGCUGAUGGACGAACGAGGGGAGUCUUCGUGAAGCGGAGGAGUCUGCGGGAUCGCAAGCGAGGGCUAAAAACGGCCAAUUUUCCUUGGAGGCUUAGCCCGAGCGAGGCUAGACCCGGGUGCUGUGGGAUCUUUUCUCAUAAAUGGCGCGAAUCAUAAUGGCGUCCAUUUUCGUGAAAUCCUGACGGGCCGUGAACGACUGAUGCAGGAGCAACUGCAGAUACUACCUUCAUAAAUAUCUAAAUAAUCAACUCCAACUACUUCUAUAUGUAUAUAUCUAUAUAGUUCGCUUGAUACCUCGCUAACUCAAAUGGGCGAAUCAGCUAGUGUAGUUCUUCGAAAUAUCCCGGGCGAGCUUGCAAGGAGACAGCAUGGAACAAAUUCGCAAGAUACAUCCACCGAAGAUAAAAGAACACUUACGACAGUGAUAUAAUGUUAGCGCGAGUGUGUAUUUGUAGGUAUAUGAUGCCUCUGCCUCUGAAAGUAUUUCGUGCUCCCUUAUUUCAUCGUCGAAAGUGAAAACGUCGUCUUUUGAGGGAUAAGAAUUUAGGCUAACUAAACUAUGGAUGUGUACGUGACACGUGAUUUUUGAUCGUUCUCGGUUCAUUAGAAACGAAAAGGCAAAAUAUUCCAAAUAACAUUUGUAGAUAAUUUGGGUAAAGUUUCAUUCAGAAUGUAUACAGUAAUAAUUCGAGACAGACUGGAACAUCAUUGCUUUCCGGAUUGUUUGUGUCUGAAUGGACCUGGAAAAAUCAUUAAUUUCUCGAGUUGCCUUUGACAGAGCGUUUUCUUCGAAUCCCAUCGCAAGAGCUGCGCCUUCAAAUCACUCCAACAAAGUGCAUAGAGGUAAAAUGGCAGUGGAACACAGCAAUCCCGCGAGAAAGUGAUACACGACGAACCUGUGGGAGGACACAGGAAGCUGAAGAAGAGGAAGAGGAAGGAUCUGCGUGGCCGUUCGAUCCCCGUGGCUUGUACAAAACAAUCAUUCAACCUGGCGGACCAAGAGGAAGGUGGAGGCUCGGCAGCGAUGCAGGGCAAAGAGAGCCCUAUCGGGUCCAACACCCAGGAGACUCAUCAGUACGUCGGCCCUUAUCGGUUGGAGAAGACCUUGGGGAAAGGCCAGACCGGAUUGGUAAAGCUUGGCGUACACUGUGUGUUGGGCAAAAAGGUAGCAAUCAAGAUUAUCAAUCGUGAAAAGCUUUCGGAAUCUGUGCUGAUGAAAGUGGAGCGCGAAAUCGCAAUCAUGAAACUGAUCGACCAUCCUCACGUGCUCGGCCUGUCGGAUGUGUACGAAAACAAGAAAUAUUUGUAUCUUGUACUGGAACACGUCUCGGGUGGGGAGCUGUUCGAUUAUUUGGUUAAAAAGGGUAGACUGACUCCGAAGGAAGCGAGACGAUUUUUUCGACAAAUAAUUUCCGCAUUAGACUUUUGUCACAGCCAUAGUAUAUGCCACAGAGAUUUGAAACCUGAAAACUUAUUACUGGAUGAGAAGAAUAAUAUUAAGAUAGCGGAUUUUGGAAUGGCAUCUUUACAACCUGCGGGUUCCAUGUUGGAGACUAGUUGCGGCUCGCCUCAUUACGCCUGUCCCGAAGUCAUUAGAGGUGAAAAGUAUGACGGCAGAAAGGCGGAUGUUUGGUCCUGCGGGGUGAUACUUUACGCGCUUCUGGUAGGUGCGUUACCUUUCGACGAUGACAAUCUGAGAAAAUUACUGGAGAAAGUUAAGCGGGGACUGUUUUACAUACCGCACUUCGUACCGCCUGAGUGUCAGAAUUUGCUCAGGGGUAUGAUAGAGGUUGAUCCUGAGAAAAGACUGACGUUAGCGGAAAUAAACAAACAUAUCUGGGUAACGGCGGCGGGUAAGGGCGAGCUGGAGUUGGAGAUGUCGAUGAUGGAUGUAGUGCAGACGCACGUUAUUCCGUCCGUGGAUGCGAUCGAUCCCGACGUGCUGCAAGCGAUCGCGAGUCUUGGUUGCUUCAAAGAGCGCGACAAACUCAUUCAGGAACUGCUCAGUCCAAACCACAACACGGAAAAAGUGAUAUAUUUCCUGUUGCUGGAGAGGAAGCGAAGGAGACCGGCGUGCGAGGACGAGCUGGAAGUAAUGAGGGGUGGCAUGAGGGGAUCCGCAGGACAAUUGGAAGCUGAUCCACCGAGGAAACGAGUGGACACAUGUAGAGUGAACGGAAGUACCGCGCUCAAUCUCGGACAGAUCAGUCAUGGAUCGCCAUUGACGCCCAGAAGACAGUCCAGCACGAGACACCACGCGCGCCGAUCACCAAGUACAGGCGGGUGUCACACUCACAGCUCUCAUUCGCACGCGUCAACUCCGGGUAGCUCGCCGUUGCACGCGCCUGCGGGCCUAUUGAGUCCUCACCGAGCGCCGAUAUCACACGUAGGCCAAACGGUUACCAGCAGUCCGCACAGGUUGUCCAUAGGCAGUAGUACUACUACCACCGCUGGAAACGGCAGUCCUACGAGUCAGAGCGUACCAACGCCGGCGUCGGCGUCGGCGCUCACCAGUGUCGGCAUUGAACUUAACGAGAUGCAACCUGUUGCGGUCGGUAUUACACCCCCUGGAUCGCCUCACACAGGAGCAGGAUCCGGAGCUCAUCACUGGAGAUCGAGAUUGACCACGAUCAAGAAUUCCUUCUUAGGCAGUCCCAGGUUUCAUCGUCGUAAAUUGCUCACUAGUACCGAGGAGGUACACCUCACGCCAGAUUCCUCUCCGGAACUAACAAAGAAAUCGUGGUUCGGUAGCUUGAUGACUACGGAAAAAGACGAGACUUUCACCGUCCUGGUUAAGGGAAAACCACUGGCCAGUGUCAAGGCUGAUCUGAUCCAUGCUUUCUUGUCCAUAGCAGAAUUAUCUCACAGUGUAAGCUCACCGAUGUCGUUCAGAGUGGAGUACAAGAGAGGUAGCACCGCACCUGUCAUGUUCCAAAGACAAGUGCGCUUUCAAGUUGAUAUUAGUGCGAUCUCGAAGCAACCAAACGAGCCCCUCUUCGCCAUCACGUUCACAUUAUUGAGCGGGAACAUCCGAAGAUUCAGGCGAGUGUGCGAGCACAUCCAGUCCCAAGUAUGUUCGAGAAAUGUGGGUAUAAGUUUGGGAGGACAGAGUAGAGCCGCACCCCCGAGUCCGAGAGCCUCUAGGAAAUUCACCACAGAAAUGAGUGAGAGUUCCAGCUGCGGCAGCGACACCAGCGAACGACUCUUCCUUAGUCCUCAUCCAGCUACCAGACAGGUAGUCUGUUUUAACAAGAUCGAUUCGGACAUCGAGUCGGACACGUCGGUGUUUGACGUGAAGUCACCGACUCGCGAAAACGGUCGAAGAAGCUCGACGUCGACGAAUAAUAACAAUGCCCUGCCGAGCGACGCAACGUCCACGCCGGGCAGCUCCCCUAAAGCAGUGCGAAGUAAUUCGGAGAGCCAGAACACGCCCGAGAAGAAAUGUGUCACCACGAUGAGUGGUAACAACAUAGCGUGAUACUAUCAGAACCUUCGCUUCGAAUUCCGAUCGAGUCUGAAAAAUUUAUGGGACAGUGCUCAGAGAUUCUGGUGAGGUUUCCUUCGACAAGAGGACGCUCCUUUGGAACGUCGUCUUGAUAGAGAAAUACAAAAAGCGUAUGAACCGCAUCUAUACGCCGUAGAAGAUUAUGAAGUCUAAAUAUGAAUUAAUCUUUCCAUCAGCAGUAAUAGGGAGAAGAUCAAGAGGCAACAAUAAAUGGGAAUAGUGCAGUCAUUUGUUAUGUGAACGAAAUUUCGAAACAUCGAAAUUUUUAGUGCGAAUUCUACAUUUAUUUUCAUUUUCAAAGUUCACACAUAUACUUGAUUAUAUUUCGAGAAAUACAUGCGCGCGCGUGAAUUUUCUUUGAACUUGGAAUCUAAAAAAAAUUACAUACAGAAAAAGUUAUUAUAUAGAAUACAGUAAUAUUAAAAAGAAUUGAUAUUAUACUAUUCAGUUCGUAAAAUAAAUAACUCUCCGAGAAAGAUAUAUAUUUCCAAAUCGCCUCCAGAUCGAACAUCGUCAUGAAUCUCACGGAAUCAGUGGCGUGUAUUUAAAUAAAAAAAGCCUACAUAGUGCGACACAUGAAGAAUCAUACGAAGAAAGGGAUUCAGGAAAUGAAGUGUAAAGUAUAUUAUAAAGAAAUGUGUUUGUUAUAAAUAACGAGACUUAAGUGCAAUAUAAUAUGACACAUUGAUAUUGUUUUUUUUCACAUUGGAUAUUAUUGCAAAACAUUUUUCUGUGCAAUAAUCGCUGAUUUUUUCGUCUGUUAAGUUUAUAAAUAAUGCUUUUGCAUUUAGGCAUGUUUUAUUCGUUAGCUAGAAAAAUUACAAACGCCGUUGCUCGGAAUACAUUAUUGUUAUUUCGAUAAAUUAUAAAUUAUAUAUUAUCCUGCAAAU